AUGAGCGGCAGAAAGUUUAUGAAAAAUCCGGCUGUUUCUCGACGUUUUCCGGCGAUAUCAGUGGCAGAUUGGAGUAGAAAAGGGCUGGGACUUGUAGAGGAUGACAAGCUGGUUCUUUUGAGACCGGUGUCGACGAAAAUGGCGCCGGACGCGGUGGUGGUGGUGAGGAGAAAACUGAUCAGCUAUUUUGAGAGGGAGGGGGUCUGUUCGUGA